GAGAACCCAGGCGAUCCAUGCAUUCUUGACCUUGGAUUCAUAUUGGAUGCUUCCGGAAGCAUUACAUUUGCAUGGCCUGGAGUCCGACAGUUUGUUGCUAAUGUUGUCCGUCAAGUGAACGUUUCUGCUGAUGGGUCUCAUAUUGGUGUAAUAAAAUUUGGCGCCGAUUCGAACGUUGAAUUUGGGUUUAGCGAAGGACAAGACAAGGAUGCUGUUAUUAACAGGGUUCUUAAUCUCGCUGGACCAAAACCAUUCGCUAAUACACAGUUGCAUUUGGGAAUUAAAGAUGCGAAUGAAAAACUUUUCAACAAUGCCACGGGUUCGUAUCGAACAGAUCCCAGUGUUAGGAAGGUACGUCCUUGUUAUCUCCUUCAACUCAGUUAAAAAUCUGAGAUGAAUGAAAUUUUAGCCAGCAUAGCAGGUGUUUCGGAGCUUGUCCCGCCAUUUGCGCUACAACCAGUUGCAAAAGGUACUUGAGACACUGUAACGUAUUUUCGCAUAAAUGGCCUGUCCAUGAUCUUGUGCUUGCGAUCCCCCCUCCACCCCUUAUCAAAGUUGCUAGCAAUACAAGACCAUACUCAAAAUUGGAGGAACAACUUUGAAUGGGAGGGAGGAGGGAAGACAGUAGGGAGCUUAAGCAACGACGACACGGACGGCAACGAGAACGGCAAAAAAGCAAUAGGUUUGAUUAGCAAAACAACAAGUUUUCACGUGCAUUUUUUCGUACAUUUCUUUGCCGUCGUUGCCUGACUACAACGUGAAAAUGCCUAAAUUCACGUUUUGUCGAGGACGGGAACACAAGACAACAACUUUCUUUUUUUUCCUGAACUUUGAUACAGUCCUUUACAAUUCAUCUCCAGAAACAUUUGCCAACAUUUGACGAAGUACACGAGAUGGAAUAAGCACGAUAAAGUUUUAAGCGGUGCGAAUUCACUUUUUAAGUGACGUUUUUAUAGCCGUUGCCGUCGUUGUUGCUUAAGUUCCCUAGUAUCAUAUCUCACAGACCUGUGACUAGGAGCGAUUUGAAGCAAGAAAGGUCGUUUUUUCGUGGGAGUGUCUCAACAUUUUUGCAACUGGAUGUAGCGCCCUGAAAUCCACUUUUGCGCCCCAAAUAACGCUACUAUGCGAGCAGAGGUUUAUUUCUAGCAUUGCUUUUAGCAUUUGUAAAGUCGUUCACGUGGCUUGUCAGUCGCGCAGUUGGUUUGUUUCCUCUUCUCGCAGUCGAGGGUAAAUAACGCCCACUCUGCCGGCUUAAUAUGUUCUGAUAUUGAUAGUCUAGAGAGCCUUCUGUAGCCAGCUACCUUCAGGACCAGCUGGGCACUACCCUGUUCACAGACGUUCUACGUGAAAGUUCUCAUUCAAGAUGUUCGAGCUAGCGUAUGAGAAUAAAAACCGCGGCGGAUUUAUUUACCGCUGGUAGCGAGCGCGUCAGCGUCUGUGGACAGGUUAUCUAGGUACCUACCCGAGCAGCUUUUUCUUAGUAGUUCAUAAUCCUAUGGCAACCCCAAGGAAAUAGCUUAACCAGUUCAUGCCUAGCCCAAGUUUCUGGCGAGAUAGCUUGUCACUCUAACUUUUAAAUCUGAGGAUAAAAUCCUGUGGUGUUACCAUUUAAGUGAAGCCUCUUCCGCAGGACUUUUCUGUAAUACUAUUUUUUUCACAGGAUUUUAAGCUAAGAAAUUUUAAGAUCAAGCACGUAUCCGAAAAUAAGGGGGGAUUCCACUGUCAAAUAAUUUUCACAUGCUAACGCAAUCAAAUUUUACGCGCGUAAAUGAAAUAUAGGCGAUGAAUGAAAUGUUACAGGUGACCUUUUAUACGUCUCCCCCAUUUUAUUUACGCGCGUAAAAUUAAUUGCGGUCCAGGCGAGAGAUGAGAAACAGCGCGAAUUGAGAAGAGAAGAGAGUGAAAAAGAAAACGAAUGAGAGGAAAAGAGAGAGAGAACUCGCCCUUCCCUCUACCCCAUUCGCCUUCUUUUUUUUGCGCCUCCUCCAUGAUUUGAACGCUUGAAACUACACGCAGGCUCCUUUAGCCAAUCCACCUUCAUCAUGCUGCGAUCGGGCCCCCACCUCCUCUAUGCAAUGUCCUGCCGCUGUUUGAACUACAUUUAGGAAAUUACAAACACUCCAACUUUUGAACGGAGGAUGGAGGGAGUAUGGAUUAUUUUGUUCUCCUUGGGGACAGUGCCUCAACAAUUUUGUUAGCCCGCAUAACAGGCGCUUUAUGAGCCAAGCAACUGGAGGCGAACGCGGCAUUUUGCGCGAAGCGCAAGACGAGGUGAGAAGAAUACUCGCGAUCCCCACGCUCGUCUCGCGCUUUGCGCAAAAUGCCGCGUUCGAUUGUACUCUUGUAUUUUGUUAACAGUUAUUCCUUCCUUUCUGUUGUAGGUGGUUGUGAUCGUGACAGAUGGGGCUCAAACGCCACCUGGCAAUCCAUUCACCCCAGCAAAUGAACUAAAGAAAAGGGGAUUUGAAAUCUAUGCCGUCGGCGCAGGAUCCGCCCAACAACGCGAAUUAGAGUUGCUUCAAAACAGGGGACUCUUCUUUGUGCAGUCAAUUUAUGACAUACCC